AUGGGGACACGGGUCCUACAGGGCUUCCUCCUCCUCUUUUUCCCGCUGCUGCAGCCACACGAGGCCUCUGCGGAGAGCCUGCACAGUCCAGGCCUGUCCGAGUGCUUCCAGGUGAAUGGUGCCGACUACCGCGGCCACCAGAACCGCACCGGCCCGCGCGGGGCUGGCCGCCCGUGCCUUUUCUGGAAUCAGACGCAGCAGCACAGCUACAGCAGCGCCAGCGACCCUCACGGCCGCUGGGGGCUGGGCGCGCACAACUUCUGCCGUAACCCAGACGGCGACGUGCAGCCCUGGUGCUAUGUGGCCGAAACGGAGGAGGGCAUCUACUGGCGCUAUUGCGACAUUCCCACGUGUCACAUGCCGGGCUACCUGGGCUGUUUCGUGGACUCAGGAGCGCCCCCAGCCCUCAGCGGCCCCAGUGGCACUUCCACAAAGCUCACGGUCCAAGUGUGCCUUCGCUUCUGCCGUAUGAAGGGCUACCAGCUGGCAGGCGUGGAGGCUGGUUAUGCCUGCUUCUGUGGCACUGAGAGUGACCUGGCCAGGGGACGCCUGGCCCUGGCCACCGACUGUGAUCAGAUCUGUUUUGGCCACCCGGGCCAGCUGUGCGGCGGCGAUGGGCGCCUGGGCAUCUAUGAAGUGUCCGUGGGCUCCUGCCAGGGGAACUGGACGGCGCCUCAGGGUGUCGUCUACUCCCCGGAUUUCCCCGACGAGUAUGGACCUGACAGGAACUGCAGUUGGGCUCUGGGCCCGCCGGGCGCCGCGCUGGAGCUCACCUUCCGCCUCUUUGAGCUGGCUGACCAGCGCGAUAGACUGGAGCUACGCGACGCUACCUCCGGCCACCUGCUCCGCGCCUUCGACGGCGCCCGCCCGCCGCCGCCUGGGCCGUUGCGCCUGCGCGCUGCCGCGCUGCUGAUCACCUUCCGCAGCGACUCACGCGGCCACGCGCAGGGGUUCGCGCUCACCUACCGCGGGCUGCCGGAGAGCAUAGAAGACCCGGCAUCCCACAAGGACUCGGCCCAAACCACCAAUGCGCCCCCUGACGGGGCCAACGUGAGCUGCAGCCCCAGGCCCAGGGCUCCGCCAGUUGCGAUGGGAGCCCCGGUCUUCUCGACGGUGAUGAGUGUCUCAGUGCUGCUGCUGCUGUUCCUGUCGCUGCUGCGUCUUCUGCGCCGACGGAGCUGUCUGCUGGCUCCAGGAAAAGGGGCCCCGGCGCUGGGUCCUUCCGAGGGACCCGGGAAAAGGUGGGCUGUAUGGUACCGUCGGCCCCAAGAGGUGGCCCUGCCGUGCCCCCCUGGGGACUCUCAGGCUGAGGGUCCUGCCCCAAGCUAUCGGCCACUGAGUGCCUCCAGCCAGAGCUCCUUGCGCUCACUCAUCUCUGCUCUUUGA